GAAAUGACAGCGGCACCUGACAAGACUGAAAAUAUUUGUCACUUCAUUUGCAGGUCUUACCCUGAGAGGACGAAAUGUAUUCUUCCACCGUGGCUCUGUGUUUUGUGUGCUUUUGCUGUAAAGUUACUCAAACUGAAGCCUCGUCUUGGAAGGCGAAGGUACCAUCCUCAAUUAAAGGUCUCCCUGGAUCCUGUGUGGUGAUUCCCUGCUCGUUUGACUAUCCAGAUCCAAACAUACGGAUCACUGAAUUCACUGGGAUGUGGGCCAAGGAGUCACAUGAGCUCAUUUAUCACCCAGACGAGUCAAAAGUGAUCCAGCAGUUUCGUAAUCGGACCCAGCUGCUGGGGGAUGUCAGUCAGAAGAACUGUUCUCUGAAGAUUGAUCCCCUUCAACAAAGUGACCAAGGGCCUUUUCAUUUCAGGAUUGAAAUGAAAGACUACAACAAGUAUUCUUACAGAGAAAAUGCAGUCUCCAUUACAAUGAUUAAUCAACUAAAUCCCGUCAGUUUGUCUGUGAAAGACGAGUUAGUGGAGGCUCAAACUGUGUCUGCGUCCUGCUCUGUGUCUCACUCCUGCCCCAACUCUCCUCCUGUCUUCACCUGGAGUCACCCUGGACAGAAACAUUUCCAAGCACAGCUGCUUGACAAUGGCCAGUGGAAAGCGACAUCUACUCUGACCUUUCACCCUACCAGUGCCGAUCACAACAAGCCUUUACAGUGCACCUUAACAUACAAGGGAGGGCAGCACCACAAAGCAUCCAAGGUCCUCAGAGUAAACUAUGCUCCAGUGAAUGUGAAGGUUGAACACAAGUCACAUGUAAAGGAGGGGGAAGCUGUGUGGCUGAAAUGUUCCAGCAAUGCUCACCCUCCUGCCAGCAGCUAUCAGUGGCAUAAUGACACUGGGGCCAAACUGUAUCAAGGAGACAUCUACGUGCUGCCAAACGUCUCCAGACACACAGGAGCUGUGUACUGUACUGCCAUCAAUACAAUAGGACGACGCAAGUCAAGCCCUGUGCAGCUCAAUGUGUUAUACGGUCCUGAGAUUAAGACGGCCUCUUCCUGCUCUUCACAGGCAGAUGUAGUAAAGUGUGUGUGCAUUGCAGAGUCCAAGCCUCCCAGCAUGGUUCAUUUCAUGCUUUCUGACAAAGUCCUGCCAAGUACCACAGUAGAGAAACACAGCUACCUUACCAUCGGGACUCUGCAGGCAGAGUUUGGAUCCUCUGACGUCGUCUUCUGUCUGGCAAACAACACGGAGGGCAAUGCAAACCUUACACUGCCUUUACCUGUUAACAGUAAGAUGCAGAAUCUUUAUAUUGUCAUCGCCUGUGGAGCUGGUGGGAUUUUGGUGAUGCUUUUAAUAACUUUGAAGGUUGUUAAGAAAUGCAGGGGGAGAGCUGAGGAUACAACACCACCUCCCGAGAGCUCCACGAAGGCUUACAAAGAUGUAGCACUCCCUAAAUAUGCUGCAACAAAAAGAAAAGAAAAGAGCUAUGAUGAUGUGCACUGUUCUGACGUCUAUGCCAAUGAUCAUGUAUAUGGCAACAUGGAGACGGACUGGGAUGAUGCAAUAUACGCCAAUAUGUAACAGCAUUGAACUCACCGGAGGAAAAGCCACAGCCUCCCUGUGUGGUGGCCAACUAAUGUGGGUCAAGAAAGCUGUGCAAACAGUAUUGAUAUAUAUAUAUAUAUAUAUAUAUAUAUAUAUAUAUAUAUAUAUAUAUAUAUAUAUAUAUAUACACUUUUAAGCUAUUUCUGUAUAUAUGGCAUUAUUCUGUAAUUUACACACACAUACACACACACACACACACACACACACAUACAUAUGUAUAUAUAUAGUCUGUCUCUUGUCUCAUCAGCAGUAGCAAAUAUAUUCUGAAAAAUCACCAUUAAACUAUUAAACUUCAAUGUUUUUUUACAUGCAAA